AUGACCUCUCUUCUAGCCACAGCAGUUCGAUUUUUAAUCCUAACCCACUGGUUAACACAAUGGGUAAUUAAUCCUUGUAAACUAGACAUGGCUUACAAUGCAUUUGAUGAUCAGUACAAGGGCUGUAUAGAACUCAUGGACAAAAAAGCACCCCAGCUGUUAAAACAAGAACUGGAAGUGAAUAAAAAAUUUAAAGAGAAAUGGGAAAAUGCACAGAGAAGAUGGAAGGAAAUAAAGUCACGUGUAGGCUCUUCAAAAUUACUCAGUGAUCUCCAGGGAACAGCUCUAGUGGCCUAUACUGGGGAAAUUGCAACAGAAUUUAACAAAGCUGUGAGAGAAUUCCGUCAACACCCUGAAAACUUUCAGUUCAAAGCGUUCCACUAUUAUUUGACAAGAGCUCUUCAGCUUCUGAGGACAAAUGAGUGCCGUACAGUUUACAGAGGUAUUACGAUCAAGUGUCAACACAGUGGAGGAAAAGUACGUUUUGGCCAGUUUGCCUCAUCAUCUAAAGAUAUAAAUGUAGCUAAACGUUAUAUUAAAAAUGGGACAGGGACACUGUUCACAAUCAAAACCUGCUUGGGUGUGCCUAUUAAAUCAUUCGCUUUCAAUCCCAAUGAAGACGAAGUGCUAAUUCCAGGCUACGAGGUGUUUAGGCAGGUCACCGUGAAAAACAUAAAUACAUCAUAUAAUGAAGUUUCACUCGAAAACCCCCAAGAAUUAACAAGUAACUACGAUUGCACCUACAGCUCAGAGCAGGUGAAUGGGGUUGGAGCUGAGGAGAUCAAAGGACUGAAAGGCUUCACACAAAUGGGCCCCUUUAGACACAUGCAGAGGGAUGAUGCCUAG